GCAACGAUUGCAACAACACUCGCUAAACAAGGUUAAACAAAGUUAAAUGUUAUUUUUAUGCGAGAAUAUUGCUAUGUUUUUGUACAUUCUUAAAAUAACUUUUAAGUCUUUGUCUGAAAUCCAAUGUGCAGUAUGGAGAAUUUGAGGUUAGAGUGACAUCGUCAAAUUUCACAACGGGAGCUGAACAUAAAAGUAUCUUUAAACAUUCUUCUUCAUGCACGAGAAAACAUUCAGCGAGAUGGAAGACGUUAGCGCGAACGAAGAUUCAAUAGAAUUAUCACAAUCACUCAUAACCCGUGUUUAUUAUGCUGCUAAAGAUGGUAUGGCUAUUGCUCUUUAUGAUCUUCUUAGUAAUAAAUCUCCUGAACAAGUCGAUCAGAUAAUUAAUCAGAGAGUAUUGGAGAAAAAUGGACAACACUGUACACCUUUAAUAAUUGCUGCACGAAAUGGUCAUGAUAAAGUAGUCAAAAUACUACUUGAAAAAUUUAAACCUGACUUAGAACAGGAAGGAACUGUAAAAUUUGAUGGAAGUGUCAUUGAAAAAGCAAGUGCUCUCUGGUGUGCUGCUGGUGCAGGAUAUUUGACAGUCGUGAAAACUUUAGUAAAAGCAGGUGCAGAUGUCAAUCAUCCGACUGAAAGUCAUUCUACACCUUUGAGAGCUGCUUGUUUUGAUGGACGGUUAGAUAUAGUCAAGUAUUUAAUGGAACAUAAUGCAGAUAUGAACAUAGCGAAUCAUUGUAAUAAUACAUGCUUAAUGAUUGGAGCAUUUAAAGGUCAUUCAGAUGUUGUGACAUUUCUUUUAGAAAAAGGUGCAAAUCCAAAUGAAAAAGCAAUUUGUGGCGCUACAGCAUUGCACUUUGCUGCUGAAUGUGGACACAUGACCAUAGUAUAUGAUUUAUUAAAAUAUGGGGCAGAAAUGACAAAGGAUGUUAGUGGAAUGACACCUUUAAUAGUAGCAGCAGAACGAGCCAAAGCCGAAGUUGUAGAAUGCCUAAUAAAAUGCACAGAUGCUAAUACUGAAAAAAUAAUAGAAGCGUAUGAACUCCUUGGCGCAUCUUACGCCAACAGAGUAUACAAAGGCCAUUAUCCUCUUGUAAAGGCGUAUAGAUAUUUACGGAUGGCAAUGGAGCUUAGGUUUAAUGAUCCUGAAAACAUUAUCUAUAAAAAACUAGGUGACCCAGUGAAGGCAUAUGAUAACUGGAAAGAAUGUGAAUCACUGGAAGAAUUGAAAUCUAUUAAGACCAGUCAGAAUGCUAUUCAUAUGGAGUCAUUAGCUAUUCGAGAGAGAAUUCUAGGGCAGCAUAAUCCAGAACUAUCACACCAUAUAGUAUUCAGAGGAGCAGUAUUUGCAGACACUGCUAAAUUUGAUAGAUGUAUUGAUCUGUGGCUUCAUGCUCUGAAUCUAAACCAAUUAAAUAAUGUCUCUGUUGUGAAGGAUCUUCUUAGGUUUGCGCAGGUAUUCUCACAAAUGAUACAUGUAGGAGUUGAUUUUGAUUUCUGUCAGGUUUUAAGUGUUCUACAAGCUUGCGUAACAGAACUUGGCCGCAACAAAUCGAGAAUCAACAAUUCUGUUUCUGAAGAAGAUAUGGAACAGCAUGUUGAGGACAUGGAAUCGAACGUCAUAAGCACACUGUACAUAUUAUCGAUAUUAACGAAACUUUUAACAUCGAAUGGAAGUAGAUACACCGAACAAGAUAAAGUAAAAGCACACAGUCUAGUUCAUAAACUGUGUGUUCUUCAAUUGUGUUUGAAGGAUGGACAGACAUUACUGCACCUUGCCGUAAAUGCUGAAACACCUGUUGAUAAUUUCCAUACUAAUGACGCCUGCAAAUUUCCAUGUGCCGCGACAACAAAACUACUCAUACGUUGCGGAGCUGAUGUAAAUGCAAUGGAUAAUGAACGAAAUACUCCGUUACACGUAAUUGUUAGUUGCAAAAAAUCAAUUAGUGAUUUUGAGACUCUUUACUCUAUUAUCAUGGAGCUUAUAGAAGGUGGAGCACAUAUGGACACUGUAAAUAAAUGGGGUAAAACUCCUUAUUACGCUGCUAUUACAGGUGAGGCAGAAGCAAUAUUGAGGACUCAAACAAAAUUGUCAUUGAAGUGUAUGGCUGCGAAGGUAAUAAAAGCUCAUAAUUUACCAUAUUAUGAAAAAGUUCCACGUUCUUUGGAAAGCUUUAUUGAACUGCAUGGACCUGGACUUAAUUAA